AUGCCUGGAAGAGGGAGUCCGCGGGGACAUAGCGACCAACGUGUCGCGCAGAUGGUGCAGCAGAGGAAGCUUUACGUCCAGAGCAACCCCCUGGAUUAG